CAUCGUGCUACGCUCACUGGACACACUCAUGGAUCCCAAUCAAAAUGGUACAGCUAUGCCAGACCAUGACCAAGUAACCACCAGCACUGUUGAAGACAACGCCAAGCAAGGUCCUGUUGACGUUCAAGUCGUCGUCAAUGAAGUGGACCUGGGGUCCAGUGGGUCCCAAGGGCCCACAGAUGGCAUUGGGGCUGCGUGUACGAUCGACGUUCAGCCUCCAACGCCCAGGAUUGGGGAGGCGCCUCCGAGAAAACAGCGUCUGUAUAAACGAGCCAGGAUCAAUAGUGAGGAAGCGGUGAAUGAGAAUGAGAUCACGCAUGGGGUUGUACAGACUUUGGAUGCUCUCCCUGUAGAACGACGUCUGUUUAACAACCAUCAUUCGUCAAACUAUCGUGAUUCAGUGGCUGAGAAUGGGUUGUCAUAUACUCGUAUCUUCCAAGAGGACGGGUUCACGGGCGCUGGGAGGCUAUGUCUCGCUGCCCUUGCCGAGAAAUCGCGAAAGAAUACUCAAGAUAAUUCCUACGUGUUCUGCGUCGUCGAAGGCACCGUACAUGUCCAAAUCCACCAUACGACAGGUGUCGUCAGGCAGGGUGGGAUGUUCCACGUACCCCGAGGGAACACCUACGCAAUAAAGAACCCAUCCAGCACAGACUCCGCCCACCUAGUCUUCAUGCAAGCCCGUGUAAGCCACACCAACGCCACGCCCUUCCCUCCGCUAGACACCCCUCCGCCCAUGUUUCUAGAUGAACCAUUGACAAAGACGAUGAUGCUGUUGACCUGGCUUCUAAAGCUUCUCAGGGCCCGUGUUGGGGAGUAUCAAGCGGUGAUAAUGAGGGUAUAUAAGAGGAGGGUGGCGCAGUAUAUGAACACGCAGCGGUUGUGUUUGAUCUGCUUUGUUUUGGGGCUUGCGGUGAGACGGCUUCCGUUUGUGGGUUCACCUCCGAUUUUGAAUAUCCAGUUCAUUGGGGUCAGAUAGUUAUGCGUUGAUAGACUUUUUUGAUGAUUUACGAUCUAUUU